AUGAUAACAGACGGUUUGAAGGAUAUUAUUGCCCACAAUCAACGAGAUGGUGCUAGAAUCAUCAUCGUCCUUCACUCCUUCUAUAUAAAUCAAUCCCCUCUCAACAACGUUCAUCACAGAAUUUGAAUUCAGUCAUUGCAAGAGAUUUAGAGUUCUUUGAUUCAAGAAAUCCAUCCAAAAAAUGUCUCUGAUUCCAAGCUUCUUUGGCAACCGACGCAGUAACGUUUUUGAUCCAUUCUCUCUUGACAUUUGGGACCCUUUUGAGGGCUUCCCUUUGUCAAGCUCGGUAGUCAAUAUCCCAAGCUCUGCCCGCGAAACUUCUGCAUUUGCAAAUGCUCGCAUAGACUGGAAAGAGACUCCAGAGGGCCAUGUAUUCAAGGCCGAUCUUCCUGGGCUGAAGAAGGAAGAGGUGAAGGUGGAGGUUGAAGAAGGUGGAGUGCUCCAGAUAAGUGGAGAGAGGAGCAAAGAGCAAGAGGAAAAGAAUGAUAAGUGGCAUCGCGUGGAGAGGAGCAGCGGCAAGUUCCUCCGCCGGUUCAGGCUGCCGGAAAAUGCAAAGACGGAUCAGGUGAAGGCUAGCAUGGAGAAUGGUGUGCUCACUGUCACUGUGCCUAAAGAGGAAAUAAAGAAGCGUGAAGUCAAGUCAAUUGAGAUCUCUGGUUAAUUACUCCGUUCACCAACUGAUUCUAGUGGUGAAUUUAUGAUGUCUGUGUGUGGUUUGAUAACGUCGAAGGAACAAUGUUAAUGUUCUAUGUUUGAAAAUAAAAUGUUGUAUUUGCGUUUGAGGUCCAAAGGUUGUUAAAUUGUUAAAUAAAAAACUAAAUUUCCGUUGUUCUUGUA